GAUGCCGAGGCCACGGCCAUCGUCACUAGUGUAAUGCCACCUCGUAUACCCCGGCUGACUUUAUUCAGUGGUCCAUCCUGCUCACUCUGUGACGUGUGUUUGAACAACAUUCCAUUCCCCUAAGGGUUUCUACCAUUUACUGCCAUUCAGACUGCCAAGGAAGCCCUCGCUGAAAUUCGAGUCAAUACACCUUUCCAAUUGUCCAUCAUAAAUAUUCAAGACGAAGCACAGAAGGAGUGGAAGCGAAAAUACGUCUAUGACAUUCCAGUCUUGCACAUAGAAGGCGAACUCGUGGCCAAGGGGAGAUGGGGGAAGCCCGAAGUCGAGGAAUCGUUGAGAAAAUGGACUCUCAAGCAGGGAAAGCCGCCAUCAACUUGAUGGGUUCCGAUUUUGAAGGCGCAUCGUUCUAUGUUGAUGUUGUGGGUGAGGGGACAGAAAAGCAUCAUAAUCUUGUCACGGAUUCCGAUCUCGAAUAUCUUUAUGGCAUACCAACUACUCUGGGUGAUCCUUUCAGUGAACACGCGUCUCAUAUCAGCAAACGCUCAUGUUUCAAUUGUGGCUCGACUUUCCAUUCCUUUCACGCUUGUCCAGAUCCUAGGGAUCCUGCGCGCAUUGCUCUCGCGAGAGAGGAGCUUAAGGAGCUUCGACCCAGCACAUUCCGCUUCGGCUAUCGAAUCCAUGAGUGGUAUGAGCAACGCGACAAGGUUCUCAAGUGGGUAGAUGAGUUUUCUCCUGGGAAAAUCACUGUGCCGGAACUGCGAGAAGCCUUGGGGCUUGAAGAUGAUGAACUGAGGGAUGCGUUGGAAAUGAAUGAGGAUUGGGCGGUGAGAGUGUUGCAGAGAAGGGAAGAUGAAUUGCCUUGGUAUGCUGGAAGAGACGAAGGAUGCGAUGGUGGGAUGUUGAAGUGGGGAUACCCACCAGGCUACUACAGCAUUGAAGAUCCUUACGAGGCAAUGAGGCGUCGCAUCUUGGAGAUCUUCGAUCCCCCAGCUACCAAGUGCCUUCCCCGAACGGAAGAAGAGACUCAGCCGAUGUCUCUGCCCUGGGAACGAGCUGAGGAUGAGUUCUCUGUCGAAACAGCGUUCAUAUCUCUGCCACCUGAGACCCAGGCUCAAGAUCAAACACAGCGUACAGAUGGGGAAAGCUUUCCGAGGUGGAUACCAUCAGUCGUAUCUCAGGCCCUCUCUUGGAAAAUUUCAGGUGAAGUCGAAGAACCGCUUGCUGAAGCGUGCAACCCCACAGGACCAGAAUCGGCACCAGGCAGCAAUCAUUCCACAAGACUAUCCACACCUCGUCGUUGGGCGAUAUACCCAACCACCCUCUUUCAAUGGGCUGCACUCCCUGUCUCACCAAUCACUCACCCUCUUCCUUCCUUCGAUCAUCAAAAUCGGAAACCCUCUGCCAUGACAUUGAACGAUGCGUCUUGGUUAACUUACACACCUGAUCGGGCUGCCUUGUGGAAGCAAAUUGUCCAUGGCACCAUGACUACAUCCUCAACUUCCGGAACAAUCUAUCCUUGGCGGCGUCCAGAAAUGUGGACAUCCUAUCUCCACGCUGCUAGCCACCUCCAAAUCUCUUCACAACCCCUUCCCUCUUCCGGAUUUCAUAGUUCACCACUGCCCUGCACCUUACACCCUGCAGCAGUUCCGAAUACUGAUGCUAGUGAUGACUCACUGAGCAUCGAGAUGGACAUGUCGGACUGAGACGUUGAGAGUCAUCACGAUGCAAUUCGCUAAUCUUGCACAUCAUGGGCCGUUGGUCCCUUCUGCUCAAUGUGGUAGCUUUCAGACGGGGAGUAAGAGCGUAUCCGCAAGCAAGUUUUUACCAAGCUUAGUUGAGGCGACGGCGAAAAUGAGGGG